AUGGGCGACCCGGGCAGUAAGACAUACCACACUGCUAAGGGUACGCAGUGCCACGUCCCCGCAAAUUCACACCGAACAGCAGAGGGGGGAGAGCGAGAGAGGAGAAGAAGGGGGAGCACAGGUUGGGGGCAGACGCGGUGCGCUCGUCUCCUCCCCAUCUCCGGCUGGUCUCGCCGGGGAAGUGGUAAGCGAAGCGAAGCCAAGGCCCCGCCGCGGCAUGGAGUCCAAGCCCUCCUCGGCGGCACACGGCGACGCGCCGGCGGCCGAGGCCCCGCGCCGCCGCGCUGGCGGCGGCAAGCGCAAGUCAGCCGGGUCCUCUUUCACGCCUUCGAAGCGGCAGGCCAAGGAGAGGAACGCCGCCUUCCACGUGCCCCCGCACCUGCUGCAUAGCGGGCCGCUCACCCGUGCCGCGCGCCAGUCGCCGCACAAGCUCGCGGGCACGGCGCCGGAGGCGGGGUCCGCGUCGCCGGCGGCUGCAGCUGGGGCGGGCGGCGCGAAGGUCGAAGGCGGCGCGAUCCGGGCCGAGGGGGAGGAGACGUCGGCCGAGGAGCUGCCACUGGUGGACGAGGUGUUCGAUGCCGUCCGAUCCCGCGGCGCGGGCGUCCAUGUGGUCCCUACCUUCGCCGGAUGGUUUUCAUGGAAAGAAAUUCACCCAGUUGAGAAGCAAACAUUGCCUUCUUUUUUUAAUGGCAAAUCUGAGAAGCGGACACCUGAGGUAUAUCUGGAGAUUAGAAAUUCGAUCAUGAUGAAAUUUCAUGCCAAUCCUCAGUUGCAGCUGGAGUCCAAAGAUUUGGCUCAGUUGUCAAUCGGGGAGGUCGAUGCUCGGCAGGAAGUCUUGGAGUUCUUGGAUCACUGGGGCUUGAUAAAUUUCCACCCUUUUCCACCAGCUGGACAAGAGGAGAGUAAGCCAGAGGAGAGCCAUAACAAUUCGCAUGAUGAGGAGAAAGCUUCUCUGAUUGAACAGUUGUUUAAAUUUGAAUCAGUUCAAUCAUAUAUGAUCCCUUUACCCAAGAAAGGAGAUGUGGAAGCCCCAGCUCCUCUACCUAGCUUGUUUCCUGAUCCUGUACUUGUUGAAGAUGUGGUUGCAGCAGCCGAGCCUUCUGUUGAGUACCACUGCAACUCCUGCUCAGUUGAUUGUUCACGGAAACGCUACCAUUGCCGGACCCAGGCAGAUUUUGAUCUGUGCUGUGAUUGCUAUAACGAAGGAAAGUUCGAUACAGGCAUGGCCAAAACCGAUUUCAUCCUCAUGGAUUCUGCAGAAGUUUCGGGUGCUAGUGGUACUAGUUGGACUGAUGAGGAGACAUUGCUUCUUUUAGAAGGUUUAGAAAUUUUUGGUGGAAAAUGGGCUGAGAUUGCUGAACAUGUUGCUACUAAAACAAAAGCACAGUGCAUGCUACACUUUCUUCAAAUGCAAAUUGAGGAUCGCUUUCAUGAUGAUGAAGAAAUUCAUCAAAAUAUCCCAGAAAACACGGAGCAAGCCUUGACUGAAAAAGGCACUGCAGAAACACCUGAGAAAAUGGAAGUUGAAGAUAAAUCUGAAGGAAAGGAUAGUGCGGAUGAGAGGCCUUCAGAGAAAACUGAGGGCAACUGGAAAGAAGCAAAAACAGAAGACGCAAGUGCUGUCGAAAAUAAAAAUACUCAGAAUUCAGAUGGCAAAGAUUCAGUUGCAUCUCCAAACACUGAAGAACCGAAACAAUCUUCUGAUGCUCACACUACGGUGAAGGAAAAUUCUGCUGAAGUUGGUACCUCUGGUGAAAAACUGUCAAAUGUUGCUAUUGAUAUCCUGAAAUCUGCAUUUGAGGCAGUUGGUCACUCCCCAGAACAUGAAGGUUCAUUUGCUGAUGUAGGAAAUCCUGUUAUGGCACUGGCAGCUUUUUUAGCUGACCUCGUGGAAGAUGACAAUGCUACCACUUCAUGCCGUAGUUCACUAAAAGCUAUCUCUGAGGUGUCUCCUGCACUCCAAUUAGCAAGUAGGCACUGUUUUAUUCUUGAGGAUCCAUCAAAUGAUCUGAAAGGCAUUUGUUUCAGUGUAAGUAAUAAAAAUACAGAUGGUGAUCAAACAAAAGAUGAGGAUAUGACUCAAAAUUUGAUUGAUACUGAGAAAAAAGGCAUCAAUGAGAAAGAAGAUAAUGCUUUAUCUGUGGAAAAGAAAAAUAAUUCAGCCAUCUCACCAAAUGACCACCAAGAAUCAGACAAUAAGAACAUGUCAUGUGAUGAUUGUCCCUUAGUGGGGCCCAAAACCAAUAACGCUGAGGAAUCAGGCGAUCCAACUGCUCUUGUGGAUAAGAGCUCAUCCGGCAAUACAAAAGGUUUAUUAAGUUCCAUGAAAGAUACAAUUACUCCACCAAAUAAUGCGAAUGAAUGUGGCUUAUUAGCUUCUCAAGAUGUUGUUGCAGGAAGUAAUACGGGUGCAAGUAAUCCUAAACUAGGAAAGGAAAAACCAAGUGCUGAGGGGAAGGCGUCUGACGAUUCAUCUUUGGAAGGCCAGGUCGAGCCCAGUAAGACUGAAGAUGCAGUUACUACCCCAGCUACCUUUCAGGAACAAAAGCAAAGCCAAACAAUGGAAAAUGGCAAUACGGAAGAACCUAACGGCAUUGAAAGUGUAGUUGCCAAUGAAGUGAAAGGACCUAUAGUGACCGCCAACCGAAUUGAUUCCUUAACUAGGCUAAAACGAGCAGUAGCUACUGCUAUUUCAGCAGCUGCUGUGAAAUCUAAGUUUCUCGCUGAGCAGGAGGAAUAUCAAAUUCGAAGGCUAACUGCACUGAUGAUUGAAAAGCUGUUUCAAAAAAUAGAAGUGAAGAUGUCGUUAUUUGCUGAGAUUGAGCAGGUGGUCCUCCGUACAAAAGAGUACACUGAGAAGACCAGAAAGAAGCUUCUAAUGGAGCGAAAUGCAAUAAUUGCAGCUCGCAUGGGUGCAUUGCCAUCUAGGCCAAAUCAGCCUGGUGUAGCUGGAAACAGAUUACCGCCUGGAUAUGGCAACCCUGUUGUAAGGCCACCAAACGCAAUGCGGCGGCCCAGCAGCUGAGGGGAAUCCGGACACCUAGUGAUGUAUACUCCAUUCUUUUAGAAGCAUACCUCAAAGAGUCAAACCCUAUCAGCUAUGGUGUAGCAUUCUUUAGAAGUACACUGUACAAUUGUCUGUAGAACUGUUUCUAUGAAGAUUCACCAUUUUUCGCUUGAAUAUUCCGUGUACGCCAAAGCUCCAGAAAGGUUCUAAACCGUGAGGUAAUCGAUGCGGUAUUUCUGCCAUUUGGUUUGUACGGUCCAUUGUUGUAAAAUAAAAGUGGUGAGGAUCCCGAUCGCUAAAGGACUCUUGCAUUUUUGA